AUGAAAUUAAUGCAUGCAUGCCGAUAUCAUUGUACUCAAGAGUAUGAAAAGUCAGAUUACCGAAUGCCACCACUUGGAUGUGAUUGUCCAUCGAAUGUUGCUUUGAUUAUCGCACCUACAAUAUGUUCAUCGAUAGCACAUUAUUCUAGUCUUUUUCUUACACAAUGCGUCAUGUCAGUUUUUUCUGCUCCAGGGACUGAUUUACCUGAUGGCACCGUUUCGAUCAAGUUUGGAAUGUUUUAUAUUCUUUUGAUGGAUGAUGGCAAAGAAUGGUUAGAAUUACCCGAACGUGUUCGUAUCAAUCGAGAAGGCGUCUUUGUGAUUCCGUCGGAUAGUGAACGUGCGCGUUUCGGUGAUCUGCCGAAUUGGUUUAUCAAGCAUCUUACUAUUGAAGCAGAAAAGUUUGAAGCUAAGAUGAGCGAAUUACGAAAGACGACAAGUUGGGAAAACGCCAAGCGAAGACAACAAUGCUAUGAGGAUGACACUACGGGUUGUCUUCGAGAGAUCUUUCUUGUUCUGCAACGAAAUCUCUAUGAAAAACCACAAAUAGCUGAUAGUUAUUUACCAAAUUGGUUCAAAUGUGAGGAAUUCCAUAUUUCUUCACUUACAACGAUUCUUGAAGGUAUAUUUCGUGUAUCUGACAAACGAACAUUACCAUAUAAGGAACAAUACAAGAUUCUGUAUGACUCUGGAGAUAUCUCAGGCAUUGGCACAUUUGGUUAUGUAGAAAUCUAUAUUAAUGAAAGAUCGACACUAAAAACAGUGUUUAAGUUUCCGAACAAUUUUACGCAAGAAACUUUUCGAAAAGAAAUUGAAGUUUGUGUCGAUGGCCUCGAAGAUGCGAAGCAAGAUAAACUCCUCAAAUAUUGGAAUUCUAAAAGUCCAAAUAGUGUGCCUGAAAAGCGAUCGAAGACAAUUACAAGCACACAAUCUACUGCUACGAUGGCUAUCUCACCUGAACAGCAACAUUCGACACGUUUGAAAACAGCAGCGGAUCUAUUUUGGGAACUGAUUAUAUUGGGAUUUGAAUGGAGCAAUUCUGAGAAUUAUAAAUUAAGUUGUUAA